ACAUCACUCCAACUUGAGCUACGUUGGAAGCUCAAAACUUGCCAAAUACAUAUUCCAAUUGCUUGAAUCAAUUACCCAGAUCACCGAAAACAUCCUGCAUAAGUUCAAUUUCUACCAGAAACUCACGUCUCAUCCAUUCAUCUUUCGCCAUGUCUCUCUUCCGCAAUGUCCUGCGUACAACUGCAACCACCAUCCGCCCUUUCCACACGACAACACGUAUGCAGAUGCCGUAUAAGCACGAUCAGGACCGCGAGUCUCUACGCCCAGUUGUGAAUGAGAACACAAAAUCAGGAACGGACGAGCAAGUUGCCUCUGAGCACGCCGACAUCGCCUUUGACCCUAACACGACACGGCCUGAGGAAGCUGCCGAUAAGACCAGAGAGAGGACCAAGUCUAAGGGCCGAGAGGGAGAAGACGCCCUGAACGCGAGUGGUGCGAACCAAGAGCUUAGCACACCCAUGGGUGACGAGAAAACGAUUGAGACCAAGGGUGCUGGAGAAGAGAUCUCAAAAGGAGGAUCUAGCGGAAGUGGAAGUGCGCCAAAGAAGGGAGAUCUGCCCAAGGCCAAGUAAGGAAUGGGAACAUGAAGCGAGAAGUCAACGAUUCCUAUGACCUGUAUCUCGUGUUCUACUUAUGCCUUCAUAAGUAUUUACCUAUUUGUUCAUCAGAAGAAGAGCUCUGGAGGCUUAAUUGCAUAUCUAGAUAAUAAUAAAAAACACAAUUACAAUCG